UUAUAUAUAGCACAUAUUAGCUUCACCAAGACCAAGAUCACCAAGACAAAGCUAAGCUGAAAAACUAGCUAGGGCAGUGAAGCCAUGCAGUGCCUUAAAAUGAGGUUUUCACUGCUUGAUUUUUUAUUGUUAUUCCUACCUUGUUGGGUGCUUACAAGUGAAGGCAGUGACAAUAUAAGUUUUUAUGAAAACUAUGAUGUUACAUGGGGUUUUGAUCAUGUCUUUUCUUUAUAUCAAGGACGCGAUAUUCAACUCUCUUUGGAUAUUUCUUCAGGGGCUGGCUUCGCAUCAAAGCUAGGCUAUGCUUCUGGGUUUUUUCAUUUGAGGAUGAAGCUACCAGACAAGGAUUCUGCUGGAGUAGUUACUACAUUUUACCUAAGUUCACAUGGUAAUAAUCAUGAUGAGCUGGAUUUUGAGUUCUUGGGCAAUAGGGAAGGGAAGCCAUACACAUUACAAACAAAUGUCUUUGCAAAUGGUCUUGGAAACAGGGAGCAAAGAAUUCUUCUUUGGUUUGACCCCACAGGAGAUUUUCACACUUACAAAAUUCUCUGGAACGAACAUCAAAUCGUAUUUUAUGUGGACAAUGUCCCCAUCAGAGUGUUUAAAAACAACAAAAACAUUGGCGUUGACUACCCAUUACAGCCAAUGCACAUAGAAGCCAGCUUGUGGGAUGGAGAUAGUUGGGCAACUGAUGGAGGCCAGACAAAAAUUAAUUGGGCUCAUGCACCAUUCAAUGCACACUUCCAAGGAUUUGGCAUUGCUGGCUGCCCAAUUCAGAACUCAGACAUUCAACAAUGUUAUUCUUCCAAGUAUUGGUGGAAUUUGGAAAAGUAUUGGAAAUUGGAUCAUAGACAACAAAGAGAGUAUGAGAAUGUGAGAAAGAAGUACAUGAACUAUGACUAUUGUUCUGAUAGGCCUAGGUACCCUACACCACCACCAGAGUGCUUUCAUUGAUAAGGUAAGGAGCACAAGAAUGGAAGAUAACGAAGUUAAUAAAAUACAGGGUGAGCUUCAAGGAGAUCCAAUGAGACUGACACCAAAAUUAUGAGAAACUUGGAUCAAUUUCUCACUUUGUUCUUUAAGAAUACAUUCCUACAUUUACAAGUUGUUAAAAAUAUGUGCGAUAUUGGUUUUAUGUGUAUUAAUGUGUAAUGGUUCUAGAGGCCCAAUAAUAUUGUGUAUUUUUUU